UCUGGUUGCUUCGAUUUCUUUUUCGCCUUUUUGUGCUGCUUCUUAGAAAUUUGGUGAUCGAGGGAAAGAGAGAGAUGGCUUGCUUACAUGACCACAGCUGCGAAGAGCAUGAUUGUUCUUCUGAUUGGUCUCUCUACAAGCAUAUAGACCUCCCCAAGGUUUCGGCUUUGAAUGAGGCGGUUCCAGGAAGCGUCAAGUCAGUUUUUAAAGCUUGGGAGCAACGGUUGAAUUCUACUGGGGAACACUUGGAGAGCAAUGAGGGUGAUCCCGAGUUACUUGUUUACAUUCCAUUUACAUCAGAUGUCAAGAUCAAGAGCAUAUCAAUUAUUGGCGGCGCCGACGGAACAAGUCCUAGCAAGAUGAGGGCGUUCAUCAACCGAGAUGGCAUUGACUUUUCAGAUGUUCAAGGAAUGCAAGCCAUUCAGGAGUGGGAUUUGGUCGAAAAUUUUCAAGGAGUGUUGGAGUACCAGACAAGGUAUUCCAAGUUUCAAAACGUGGCCAGCAUCACAUUGCAUUUUCCUGAUAGUUUUGGUGGUGAUACAACUAAGAUAGAGUACAUUGGCUUUAAAGGCGAAGCUACUCAGUUGAAGAGGGAUGUUGUUGCAACAAUUGUUUAUGAACUCAGGCCAAAUCCUUCUGAUCACAAGACAAAGGCUGAAGGUGGGGGUCUUUCACAUGUGGAAUGAGGAAACUCAAGCCAUGCUAGCAGUUCAAAGUCUGAAAUGAACAAGUUUUGCUAACUGUGACCUGCUGUGCUUGUUAAGAAUGGAACACUUUUUGUAUAUCGAUAAUAUAAACACCAAGGAAAUUACUUGAAUUGUUGUCACAUCAGAAUCCUUUUAUUUGCUGUGGCUCCUUUUCCUGUGCUAUGUUUCGUUGGCUUUCUUUUUUAUGGGUUG